GUAUAAUAAUUAAUUGAAAUAAUAGAAUAUUUAAAUUAUACAUUAUGGGUCAGAGUGAGAGCCAGUUUACUGACAAAGAAUUGGAGGUGUAUGCUGAUCUUACAUACUUCUCUAAAAGUGAAGUUUUAUAUGCUCAUAGAAAAUUCAAAGCACUUGCACCUGAAAAAGUUGGUCACAAUCGCAAUGCUAAAUUACCAAUGGCAAAAAUUUUGCAAUAUCCUGAACUAAAUACAAAUCCUUUUGGAGACAGAAUAUGCAAAAUAUUUAGCUCAAGCAAAGAUGGUGAUUGCACAUUUGAAGACUUUUUAGACAUGAUGUCUGUACUGAGUGAACAUGCUCCAGCUUCCGUGAAAGCAGAACAUGCAUUUCGAAUAUAUGAUUUUGAUGAAGAUGAUAUGUUGGGUAUUAAUGAUUUGAAAGAAAUAAUUACAAGGUUGACUGGUCAGGAAAAUCAAUUGAGUGAUAUUGAAAUAGAUAGAGUUAUCCGACAUGUUUUAGAUGAAGGUGACUUAGAUGAUGAUGGAGCAAUUUCAUUUGCUGAGUUUGAACAUAUCAUCGAUAGAUCAAGCGAUUUUGCAAGGUGUUUCAUGAUUCGUUUGUAAACUCACUCGAGAAGGUAGUUGUCAACAUAAUAAAUGGAUAUUGUUAAAAACCUUAAAAAUAGUACGCCCUAGUUCACAUUUUAAUCCAUCUGACUGUAAUCCAAUUAAUUAGCUUUAUAAUAAUUUUAUAUUCACUACAACACAUCUUAACAUUUGUAUUGAUUUGACAUCAAUUUACCUUCACCUUCCUUCAGAAUAUACUGCCAAA